AUGAAUGUGAAAAGUACAGAAUGGCAACCCGGUCCCACUGUUUGUCGUUGUUGUUUGACCGAGGGAUGCUACAAGGAUAUCUCAACAGAAUAUUUUUGGACGCGAAGUAUACGCCGAAAUGCUUUUGGACACCUUCAACGUCACGCGUACUCCCAAUCUGGCGGGCCAAAUAGCAACAGCCGUCUGAUAUGCGAGCCAUGCAUAUCACGGCUCCGAGACGCAAAUGACUUCAGGCGACAGGUGCUGGAGUGCGAGAAGACGUUCAUGCAGCAUCUUGAUCCUGGCACUUCCAGCGUGACGGAAUCUGAAGCUCCAGUGGAGACUCUUGACGAUGUGAAGUUGGAGUGGAUCAAGUUGGAGAAGAGGCUCAGCGAUGAUGACUUUGAUGAUCGCGAUUAUGAUGACGAUGAUGAUGACGACAUGGACGACGAGCCCCUAACGAAACUUGCAAGCAAAAUACCUAAAAAAGAAUCUGUGGACUUGAUGGAUCUCUUGGACAACACGCAGGCAGCUGAAAAACGAAAAUCAAUUACUAAGGUUAAGGCUUCUCCGUCUAAAAAAACAAAAAUCGUCAAGAAAGAACCGGUGAAAGCUUCAGCUAGCAAAGUGGCUCCUAAAAUUGAGAAGAAGAAAAAAGGGCAACACGGACACAGCACCAAAGCAGUUGUUAAAUUAGAAGAUAGGUAUAUAGGAUAG